AGAAAGUGUCUUCUGAAAUCGUCUCGCAUUGUCUUUGCCCAUGCGGUGUGUCUUCUUAUUUUAUAUAAAGUCUAGUAACAUGUCAUUCACGCUCAUUUAUUGCGUUUGUUUUAUGUUAGAAAUUGACAAUGCAGUUUUUACUUUUACUUGCUGCAUUUGGGUUUACUGAGGUGUUAGGAGAAGCCAAGAAGUAUGAACCUGAAACUGCGGGUGGUUUUGAACCGAGCCACCACCGCUACUACGAAGCCCCCCUCCCUUACCGCUCCAACUCCACCAAGCAAGUAGAUCGCAAGGAGUCCAAGGAGUCUCGUUUUGGCAUCAUUACCUCCUCCUAUGGAGGCACAGGUCCGUCUGGUAAUGGCGGAGGGUACGGAUCUGUGGCACCUAUGAAGAUCGACCUGGGAGGCGUAGCCUUAGGAGCACUUAUAGGAUUCGGAGCGGUACUCAUCAUACCCAAGAUCGCGCAUAUUUUGAGUGGUGGAAUUGGAGGAUAUAGAAGUUUGGAAGGUGACAUGUCGUCUGUAACAAACGUGCUGGCAAGGAUAGAUAACUCUCUGGAGCAGCAGAACAUUGACAGCAGUGCUUGUAUGCAAAGAGUGAUCUGCAGUUACGUGCAAGAUGCUGAGAACAAUAAAAAAUCUGGAGAGAUGGGGAGUAUUGAUGAGGUCAUCUUAGCUCUAACGAACAACACGUUAUUAUCUUACGUUCUGGACGGAACAGCCGUGAAACAAGCUGUGGAACUAGGAAGAUCAGGUGACCCAGACAAGUGUUCUUCGCUACUUCCAAAAUGUGCAGUCACGCGCGAGAAUAUCCUGAAAGUCAUAUCUAACAUUUUACCAUCAUAAAGCACUUACAUGUGUUGUACUUACAGGCUGUUCCAAAACGUGGACAUUUGUUUUUAUACAUAUACGGAGAAAUCAAUAUACAAUGACGUCGUAAUGUGUACGAGAGAAGCGUGCAAAUCAUGUGUUAGACAGAGAUAGAAGCACCGCGUUGCCUAUCAACCCGAAAGACGAUGCCACGGACGCAGCUGCGGCACACCGCGUUGCCUUCGACGCACUCUUUCUAAUGUACGUAUUGCACGGUUCUCUCUCGUAGACAUUACAUCGUCAGUGAUAUUUGAAUUUCUCCGUAGAGCUGGGUAUGAUCAUCAUUUAAAAUAGGUGGGAGGUGAAAAGUGUCAAACACAUCAUCAAAAUAUUUUUAAUAAAUGACACAAAGUAUAAUUUGGCGUUUGACAAUAAAACUAUAAUACGGGUAGUACUUCUAAACCUUGGAGAUGCCCUAUGUAAGAAGUCUAGCAGGCACGAACCGAGAUCAAAUAUUUUUUUAAAUGACCAUCUUCUGGAAAAGUGUGCAGUCACAACACCUCGAAAAAAGAACAACUGAUGCAGUGACAGAUUCAAAACAGCAAUGCUUGAUACCACUCUUUAAUAAUUUAAUCUUGAUUUCAACUCAGUAGCAUGUAAAUAUAUUAAUAAAGUUUUUUUUUUAUUU